CCAGUAAGGAUUUCAGAAAUCAGAGUAGACGGUAAUUUACGCGGCGCCGAUCGUUUAUAUAAUUUGAGGCGCAAAUAAUUCGCGCCAAAAUGUUAACAAUUUUUUUCCUAAGUCGGGUUGUUAAUUAAACAUUUUCUAUAAAUAGUUAAUUUAAAAAAAAAUACUCUAAGUUCAACAGAUUUAUUUUGUGUGAAAUAACUAAGUGUUGUGCUUUUGUUACUUUUACUUUUACUCGUUUUGAUACAACUACACGAUGCAAACCGUCUUGAAUUUUAAUUCUAUGAGAGUGUAUAAUAUUAUGGUAUACUUAGAAAAAUGCUAAGAUAUCUAGUGGUGUUGUUAUUAGUUAUACAGACAUUAAACUCAGUGCACUCGUCAAGUCUGCUAUGCGGCCGCGUAAAAGAGGUGGAAUUGGGUGGUAACAGUGGCGCGGGCGCCGCCCUGGCGUUGACGCUUAUCCGCCCGCCCACGCCCCCGUCGAAUGCGCCCUGUCAGUUGCAACUGACUGCCCCCGAUGCAGCUGCAUUUACUGUGCGGCUAAUCGAUGUUAAGGAAUCCUUAGCAGAAUGGGAGCGUGGUCUGGACAUGCCGCCAGAGGCGUUGGGCCGCAAGUGGAGCCAGAGGAGUGCGCACGCGCAGCGGACUUCAAACGACCAGACAGUCACCUCCACCAAUGCCACUGACGCUUGCAAACUUAUUAUUUACAUAGAACAAAAGCCAAUAUGGAAGUUAUCGCUUUGUGGCGGUAACGCGGCAGCAGUGGCAUCGCGGGCGGGUACCAAGCUUCUGCCACCAAAGCUCAAAAUAGUGUGGAACCCUCCUACCACUCCCUACCACCACACGGAGAAAUUAAGGCUGGUGGUCACUGCUGUUAACAGUGGUGCAGUUUGUAAUAACGAUACUCAGUUCACUUGCGGCUUGACAAGUCUUUGCAUAUCGUCCUACCUUGUAUGCGAUGGUGUACGGCAUUGCCCGGGAGGCGAAGAUGAGGACACGAACGCCUGCUCACACCGCCGGGACUCCCCACUUCUGGAAGUACUGAGGAGGAUAGCGGCUAGGAACCAGGAGUUUUUGGGCCUGGAUCAGCCUGAUGGGAUGACGAAGCCCUCGGUUAUAAUGAAAAUAAGCGAAAGCGAAACCAAAUCAAACGCAUUUAUCGAGUUCGCAAAUUCCCUUCGUCCGUAUGGGCCCUGGUCCUACAUCGUCGUGGGGAUGAUCGGAUGUGCCGUGAUACUCAUGUUCUGUCUCGCUUGGGAAUGCUGCUGCAAGCGUUCCAAGCCUUCAGAUACGCCGCUAAACAUGCCGCCUUCGUGCGUUGAUCUCUCGCCUUCAGUGGCGAUGACCGAGUCUUCCCAAAUGUUCUCCAACCCCCUCCCAUCACCCCCAGAGUACGAGCCUCCCCCAUCCUACUCCUCCCUCUUUCCCCGCGCCUUCAAGACUUCCCCCUCCCCGGUCCCCCAUUGCUCCCACCAAGAGCCAGAUUAGGACACGCCAAAUUUUAGAUCUGGGCGCGAAUUGGGAUUUUUCAACUGGUUUUAAGAAUUUAGCCUGUUAAGAGCUACGUGCAAACUAAGUCUCCUAACUGCGAUUUUGACAUAUAGGAGAGUUAGUUCGCGCUUGGACUUGAGUUUUAGUCUAUGGGACAGACCAUAAUCAACAAUCCCAAUUUAGACUAUUUUAUACAUAUUCAAUAAAUUCAUAUCUUUUCUCUCAAUUAAAACCAUGUAUUUGUCAAAGAAUGUAUUAUGGAACAUCAAUCAUAAAUCUAGUAUCAAGAUAAACUAUUUUGAAGUUUGACAGUGACGAGACGAGAUUGUGACAGACUCAAUUUUCGACAGUCGCCAAAACGCCAAACGUAGUUGUAUGAAAAUGGUGACGUCAUAAAGCGUGAGCAGUCCCUUAUAUUGUUGUUUAGCGUUUCAGUCAGGUCGAAAAAUGAUUGAUGUCUAACCACAGAUGCCCAAGGCUAACCACAGAGAGGUAGGCAUAGAAGGUAAAUACUGAACCUUUAUAAAUUUUUUCAUAGACUAAAAUAUAGAAUAAAAUUAGACUAUUAAUUUAAAAAUCAUAAUUCGCCCCCAGAUUAUUAGUUUUUAAAAUACCCGGAUAGUCAGCGGGUUAGCGUUAAAUCAAAAUUAACUUACCAAUUAUACAUUUUAUGGGCGUACUCGGUAAUGAAUUUCUGUAUGACUAGGAGUCGUUUUCAGUGUGCGUUUUUUCGCCAAUUUUCCCGCUUAAAACGCGUCUUCACUGUUAUUAUGGAAUUGAAAAUGACGCCAUCUACUGGCAGAAAACGGCUCCUUUUUAAUUUUGAAAUUUUGACCAUUUUGUAAGAGCCAUAAUAUUAAGUACAAUAUUUUAAUAUAUUAUAUACAUUUUGGGACCAAUCAAAAUAGUUGUGCCUUGUUAUUAUUCAUUAUGGACUGAUUAUAUCAAGACCUGGUUUUCUUAACGUCUCCUUUUAAGUAGUAACAUAACAGAGACUUUUGUAUGAAAUUAUAAGGGUCUCAUAACUCAAAAAUACCGUCUGGUACCACCCUAAGGGUGAUAUUCAGAAACGAGAUUUGACUUAGUGUCACAUGCGUAUGUCAAAAACGUUUUGGAAUUUGACAUACUAGUCUCGUAAAGCUUGUCUAUUGAAUUGAUUCGUAACCAUGGCAACAUACUCUACGAUUUCUAAUAAAGCUUUUAAAGAAUAAAACACUCAAAUACAAGAUAGAUUUUAAAAUACGGCCUUUGACAGUUGUCGCAGUCUUAGGGAGAUUGGAACUUAUGGUAAAAUAAAAAAAUAACAGUGCCACAUACUUUUCUUGGCCGGUAAGAAUUCUGUCAUGUAUAUUAGUAUUGCCAGUAAUUAAAAAUAAACUAUUAUAAGGGGAAUAUUUUAAAGUCACGUCCACUUCAUGAUUUAUUAAAAUGUCUUAGUAAAACAAUGUAUACUUGUAACAAGAAAAUACAGUUCUAACAUAGGCUUAAAUAAAUAUGACACAAACUUAGGAACAACUGAUAUAAUAGGUUUUGUUAUCUGUGCUAAUAAAAUAAUAUAUUUAAAGUUUUUGCCAUUGCAAUUUAUAAUGCAAUAAAUACAUUUUUGUUGGAUUUUGGACAAUGACAGUCUGAAAUUUCAAAAUGGCGAUGGCAUUUCCAUCCACCCGCCUAGAAAAGUAUGUGGCACUGUACAAAUAAUAUUUUAGUUACCUGUGUAUUAUAUUUGUAUGUAUUAGGAAUCAGAAAUUGUAUUUUAGCUGUAUAUUUAAAUUGUAUUAUUUAUGUAGUGCGUCCAUUAUUGUAAUAAACUAGUCUUAUCAGAAGUUAUAUUAAGUUCUUAUAAGUUAAGUGAUUCCAAGUAAAAGAAAUAAAGACUUUUCUAA